AAUUUAACUGCUAAUAUAAAUGUUUAUAAAACUAUGUAUAUUUUAAUCAUCAAUCAAUAUAUAUUUCAAUCAUCUGUGUAUAUCGGUUUAUCACCUUUAGCACAAAUACUGUUUAACCUAAUUAUUAGUUUCUAUCGAAUCAAGUUAAUAUACCAAGAGAAUUCGCAGACCGACAUUUAAUGGGAUGCCAAUGAAAACAUUAGUAAGACGCUUAUUCCUGCUUUCGUACGAAUUACAUUCGAACAACAAACUCGUGUUUCCAUUUUUAUUCGAAUCAAGUCAAAGUCGAAUUCCAAUUUAUUUAGCUCAAUCGAAAUCGGAAAUACUUUUCGUAUCAAUAUCGGAUACGGCCUUUACAAGAUAGUAAAUCCGUUAUCGUAAAUUUCAAUCUACUCGGCAACGUAAUAAAACUUUUCUCAUGUCAGUCAUUAAAAUUUUUGCACCAUUUGGGAAAAAACAUAGGUAUAUGAAAUGAUACGCGGCUUAAGACUAUUUCUAAUUAUUUUGAUGUUGAAAACAUGGCACGUGCAACUGCAGCUAGUUCGCAUGUGCAGAACACAAGCACGCGAGCAUGAUCGUUCACAAACGACCAGCCUGGUCAGUAGUGUAUACAACAGAUCGGCGAUCACUAUUUUUCGAAGAUCUUAUUUCAAUUUUAUGUGUCACAGUAGAUUGUUUCCAAUUUACGUAACUUAAUAAAAUUUUAUUCCAGAGUAUUAGAUUCUAGUCCGUGAUUAGUGAAAACAUCUAUGAUGAUAUCUGUUUGGAUUAAAAGUGCGCGAAUAUUUUUUACCCGAUACCCAGUGGCCCGGGGAAUGUUGACUUACAGUUUGAUGUGGCCAACUGGAUGCUUGGUGCAACAGAGUGUAGCUGGAACCGAUUGGAGACACUACGAUUGGCACAAAUGUUUUCGGUUUUUUAUAUACGGUGGCUUCAUUGUUGCUCCGUCUCUAUAUUGCUGGAUUCGAUUAGCUUCAAUUAUGUGGCCGGCGCAAAAUCUCAAAUCGGCUAUAGCAAAGGCAUUAACUGAACAAGUGAGUUAUACUCCGAUGGCGAUGACGUGUUUUUAUUUCGGCAUGAGCUUAUUGGAAUCUAAAACUGUAGAAGAAGCGUUCAACGAAGUAAAAGCAAAAGUUCCUCCAACAUAUAAGGUCGCACUAUGCAUUUGGCCAUUAUUGCAAACUUUUAACUUUGCAGUUAUACCGGAAAAAAACCGUGUUCCCUUUGUAAGUAUGUGUAGUCUUCUGUGGACCAUUUUCCUUGCUUAUAUGAAACAACUGGAAUUGGAAAAAUUGCAACAAAGUGAAGCUCAUUAA